AUGCGUGGGGAUGAACACAAAAUGCAAAGCCACGAAUUAGAACUAGUAGAUGAAGAAACAACAAAAAAUGAAUUUAAAUCGUUCAUAAAUGAAGAUGAAGGAAAUCAUCAGCAAUAUCUUGCAUUUACAUUUAAACACGAUUUAUUAAAGGCAACGGAGUAUACAAUCCAAGUGCCUGAAGGCUGUCCAUCAGCCGAAGGGCCACUGAAGACAAGAUCCGAAUGGUCCGCUAACUUUGAGACUUAUGAACCUUUGAAAAUAAUUUAUUGGUUUCCAAAUAAAGAGGAUACGUAUCAACACACUGCUACUCCUGGCAAAUCUUGGUCGCUUACAUUCAAUAAUUCUUUAGAUCAUUCAACAAUUAAAAAGUCCAUAUUCAAAUUCGAGCCGGAAAAAAAAGUCCUUUUAGGUAUUGAACAUAUUGAAUAUAAUGACCGCAAAAUAUUAAUACAUAAUGAUUCUCAACCGAAUACCGUCUAUACAUUGCUUAUACAAUCAGGAAUAUUGAAAGAUAUUCAUGGUCAAACAUUAGAGCAUGAUCAUUCCGAUCAACCAAUUCAAUUUCACGUAGAUGAUUUAAAUACACCAUUAUACGGAACUUUACGAGGGGAAUCAGAUAAUGACGGCACAUUAACUGCAUGGGUUACUGAUUUAAUGACUGGUGCACCUAUUCAUCAAGCAACUGUUUCAAUAUUGAAUCAGAAAAAAGUAACAAAUCAACAAGGAUUAUGCACUAUUGAAAGGUGCAAGGCAAAAAUUGUUAAAAGAAGAGGAGAAGAAGAAGAAGAAGAGGAUAGAGAAGAUGAAAUAUUAAUCGUAGAAAAAGAUGGCGAUCUAUGUAUGGAGGUAAAUAUUUAUCCUAGUGCAAAAGCUGAUGAUGUUUACGUCUGGCAUGUGUUCAAUGAUCGUGGCUUAUAUAGACCAAAGGAAGACGUGCAUAUAAAAGGUUAUGUUCGAUUACUGAAAAUAGAAGGUGAAGCAAAAGUGCCUACUUAUGCUCAAGGUAUAAUCGACUAUACAAUUUAUGAUUCUCGACAUGAAGAACUUCAACAGUCAAAAGUAAAAUUGAGUCGUUAUGGAACAUUUGAUAUCAAAUUUAUAUUACCUGACAACGCUAACUUAGGUAAAGUGUAA